AUGGCGGGGAGCAAGCAGCUGGAGCAAACAAGUAAAAACAUUGACUCAAGUGCCCACAUGAUCACUACGGCCAGGGUACCUGCUGAUAAGCCGGUACGAAUUGCCUUCAGCCUUAAUGAUUCCCCAGAUGAUGCUUCCCCUGAAAACUUCUCUUUGGCAUUUCCAGAGCUAGAUCAGCAGCUGCAGCCUCUGCCUCCUUGUCAUGACUCUAAGGAAUCUAUGCAGGUGUAUAAACAGCACUGCAAAAUAGCAGAAGAAUACCACGAGGUCAAGAGAGAAAUUGCUCUGCUGGAAGAAAGAAAAAAGGAGCUGAUUGCCAGGCUGGAGCAAGUGGAAAAAGAAAGCAUGGAUGCUGCUCGGCUGGCUAAGGAGUACGCACAGCUGACAGAGGAGAACCGGACGCUGAAGCUGGCCCAGACACAGUGCGUGGAGCAGCUGGAAAAGCUCAGGAUACAGUACCAAAAGAGACAGGGCUCCUCAUAACUCCCAACCAGCUCAUGGGAGGCACUUCAUACAGGAAUGGAAAACAGAUUUUAAAAUAAAGAUCCGUUGAAUAUGUUACAACGCUUUACUACGGAUACAGAGUAUGUAUAAGUUUGAAUUUGAUUUAAUGCUUGCCACCCAGUAGCUUAAUAUAAUGGAUAUUUCAUCCAUUAUAUAAUGAAUGUUUUAUUUCAAGCAACAUAAUUGAAGUUAAUCUAUCCCCAUAAUAUGUUCUAGUGGAUCAGGUUUCUUUUCUAAACAUAUUUUUUCCAAUUUAAGAAGAUAUGGACACACUAGAAAAUUAUAUAAAUAGUCUCUGUGUUGGAAAUUUGGAUCAUACUAAGGACUGGGACAAUGUUAAUAUAUGGAAUACAUGUAUGUUAAUUUUAGUUUGGUAAAUUCUUUUUAAAUUAUUUUCCUCAUGCAUAAAGUGUUUGGAAGUUAUCUUGAAGCAGAUCUCCUCACUAGUAAAAACCAUACUUGAUGUCAACUUCACACUGUUGUAUAAAAUCUGAAAAACUGCACAAUAAAAACGGAAGUAACAAAAUUAUUUUUUAUCAAACAAGUGCACUGACAGUGAUAAUUUGCAAGUUAUAGAAUUAAAAGGAAGCAGAAGAGAUCAAACUUUCCUGCCUUAAGUGUAAAGAUUACUUGAGUGUCUUUUUAUUGUACUUUUAGGCAUGCAAGAAAUGAAAAAUUAAUAUAAGAAUCAUAAUUUCAUCAUACUUUCAACUGAGACUAUGUCAGUAAAAUUAUUGUAAGGCUUUUUUGUUCUUAUUUUCUGGUCUAUUUUGAAACCUAAGUGGC